AUGAAUAAAAUCGAAGAUAACGAUAGUUCUGCUUCGGAGCUGGAUGUUCCCAAAGCAGAUAAUGAACAUAUCGAAAAUGCCGCACCAAAUGAUGUCGAUGACGAGAUCAUUACUCGUUUCCUUGGUGCUUCUGAUGAAGUGAAGGAAGGUGAAAAACAAGAGAAAGAGAUGGGAUUCAAGGCUGCCAUCAAAGCAUAUCCCAAAUGUGCAAUCUGGUCUGUUAUCCUUUCUAGUGGACUUAUUAUGGAGGGUUACGAUACCUGCUUGUUGAACUCUAUGUAUGCUCUUCCAAUUUUCUGCGAACGGUUUGGAACUUAUGACACAGGUUCUAAGGUUUGGGAGAUUAGUGCCAAAUGGCAAAUUGGUUUGAGUAUGUGUGUUAACUGUGGUGAGAUUAUUGGUUUGCAGAUGUCUGGUUGGUUUGCAGACAAGUUUGGUUAUAGAUAUACUUUGAUUGGUUCCAUGUUUUUCCUUGCCGCCUUUACCUUUAUCAUCUUCUUCGCAAGAAAUAUUGCAAUGAUUGCCGUUGGACAGAUUCUCUGUGGUAUUCCAUGGGGAUUCUUCCAAACGUUAGCCGUUUCUUACGCCUCUGAGGUUUGCCCAUUAGCUUUGAGAUAUUAUCUUACCAGUUAUGUGAAUGUCUGCUGGGUGUUUGGUCAGUUGUUUGCCUCUGGUAUUAUGAAGAACUCCCAGGAAAGAAUGGAACACAGUGAUAUGGGAUGGAGACUUCCAUUUGGUCUCAUGUGGAUCUGGCCUGUUCCUAUUUCUAUUGGUAUUUUCUUGGCACCAGAAUCUCCAUGGUGGUUGGUGAAGAAGAAUAGACUUUCACAAGCAGCAAACAGUUUGAGAAGACUUCUUUCUAUCAAGGAUCCUAAUCAAAAGGAAAUUGUUGUUGAUACAAUGGUUAAGAGAAUGAAAUUUACCGGUGAUAAGGAACAGGCUAAAGGAGAUAUCGGAACGUACUGGGAAUGCUUCAACAAGAAGAACUGGAGGAGAACUAGAAUCGCCAGUAUGGUCUGGAUUGGACAGAAUCUUACUGGUUCGACAUUGAUGGGAUAUUCUACCUAUUUCUAUGAGAAGGCAGGAUUGUCAACAUCUUUCUCAUUUGACUUCAGUAUUAUUCAGUAUUGUCUUGGUAUCGUUGGUGCAGUUCUUUCAUGGAUUAUGUCCAAUUCGAUGGGCCGUGCAACAAUUUACAUUAGUGGAAUGGCUAUUCAGACCGUUCUUUUGUGGAUCACAGGUAUUCUUGGUUUCGUCCAUCAGACAACUGCCAUUGGAUGGGCCGUUGGAUCUUUAUUAUUGAUUUUCACCUUGAUAUACGACAGUACUGUUGGACCUGUUACUUACUGUAUUGUCCCUGAAAUUCCAUCGGGUAAAGUUAGAACCAAGACUGUUGUUAUUGCAAGAAACCUUUACAACAUCGCAGGUAUUUUCAAUGCUGUCAUCACUCCAUACCAGUUAAAUUCUACACAGUGGGAUUGGGGUGCUAAGAGUGGUAUUUUCUGGGCCUGCUUUGCUACAUUCUUUUUGGCAUGGUCUAUCUGGGAUCUUCCCGAAACCAAGGGCAGAACAUUUGCCGAUAUCGAUCAGUUGUUUGAGGAGCACGUUUCAGCAAGAAAGUUCAAGAGUACUGUCGUUGAUCCAUUUAACAAUGCUAAGAUGCUUCAGCAAUUUGACAAGACUAAACUUAAUGAGCUUGCCAAUAUUAAGGCUGAAAACCAAAUGGCCGAAAAUGAUUCAGAUAUUGAGAAGGCCAGUGUGGCUAACUAA